CAAUGAAAAUUUUUUUUUUUUUUUUUUUUUUUUUUAAAGAUCAAAAAAUAAGCGUCACUAACGAGUUUAUAAACAACGUACAGUGUGUAUGGGAACUAUCAGUACCUUUCCUUUCCGUUUUCAUUAAACGACAAAUGAUUCCUAUCUAUAAGUGGAAUACUAAGACCUUUUGUGUUACACGAUGUUUAGCGAUGUAAUGAACUUUAAAUAUUGUAUUUCACAAAAUAAUAAAAAAAGGCAAUUUAGAUCAGAAGGGACCAAAGUUAACAUAAGUGAAAAUAAAGCAAACAUUAAUGAAGAUGAUAUUUAGUUCACCCAAAUGGUUUUAUAUUUAUUAUCCCUGUGGUUAAAUGGUUCAACAGUUUUGUGAAUGAGGCUCCGAUCAAAAACUGCUUUUAAAGGGUGUCUGACUGUUAAUGGUCUUUUUCCUUCAAAACUCCCUCAAGGGUUUCAAACUUAUAAGAUGGUUCACAAUAGUUGUCUAGAACCGCUUAUUUUCUCAAACUAAUAAUAAAAGAGCGGGAAACGAAACAAAGGAAACAGUCAUGGUGUAGUUCAAACAUUGAGCGGUUGGCGGCGGCGCAUGUGAUUGGCCCUCAUUCCGCUCGUGAUGCUUUGAGUUGUCCAAUGAAAUACGAGUUCAUGGGUUUGGCCUAUUAAAAGAGGCAAUCAGGUAGUUCCCGUAUCUCUUUGAAAAUUAGCAUAGGGCAGUAUAAUAAAUACCUCUGUAUUGCUCCUGAGUUUACGUUGUUUCGUACAGAUUGUGAACAAGCAGUAUCAUGCCGGAACCAGCGAAGUCCGCGCCUAAGAAGGGCUCCAAGAAGGCCGUCACGAAAACCGCCGGUAAGGGAGGAAAGAAGCGCAAGAGGUCCAGGAAGGAGAGUUACGCUAUCUACGUCUACAAAGUCCUGAAGCAGGUUCAUCCUGACACCGGUAUCUCUUCCAAGGCGAUGGGCAUCAUGAACUCUUUCGUCAACGACAUCUUCGAGCGCAUCGCCGGUGAGUCGUCUCGUCUUGCUCACUACAACAAGCGCUCCACCAUCACUUCUAGAGAGAUCCAGACCGCCGUGCGUCUGCUGCUGCCCGGAGAGCUGGCCAAACACGCCGUGUCCGAGGGCACCAAAGCAGUGACUAAAUACACCAGCUCCAAGUGAGGUGUGAUGUGACUUUAACCACCACAAAGGCUCUUUUAAGAGCCACCCAUUUUCUCAGAUAAAGAGCUUUCAGUGUUUCAAAUGCAGCAUGUCUUAUGAGAAAUUUCAGUAAAAGUGUUGGAUUCCAUAAUUUCAUUUUGGUGGUACUCAAGGACCGGUUUGAGGACUGCUGCAAUAAGUAGGCUAACAUACAAAAAUACAAUAAUGUACAUAUGUUGAUGUGUUUAUUCUUGAUGUGAGUUUCUAAUGGUUUACCAAUAGUUUAGUGACUUGAACAAAAACUUCUGAAGUAAGCUAUAUGCAGGAUAAAAGUAUUUGACAAUCACAGACCGCAAAUGACAGCUGGCCCAGAUGACUUAAACAAUGACUGAAAUUUGGGCUAAAUAUGGCUCGCAUGUACAGGUGCUGGUCAUAUAAUUAGAAUAUCAUCAAAAAGUUGAUUUAUUUCACUAAUUCCAUUAAAAAAGUGAAACUUGUAUAUCGUAUUCAUUCAUUACACACAGACUGAUAUA